AUGGACUCACAACCAGUUGACGUUGAUAAUAUCAUCGAUAGAUUAUUGGAAGUAAGAGGAUCUAAACCUGGUCAACAAGUUGAUCUAGAAGAAAAUGAAAUCAGAUACUUAUGUUCGAAAGCCAGAUCUAUAUUCAUAAAGCAACCCAUUUUACUAGAGUUAGAAGCCCCAAUUAAAAUAUGUGGUGACAUUCAUGGGCAAUACUAUGAUUUACUACGUCUAUUUGAGUACGGUGGAUUCCCGCCAGAAUCUAAUUAUCUAUUUUUGGGUGAUUAUGUCGACCGUGGUAAACAAUCCUUAGAGACUAUUUGUCUAUUACUGGCUUACAAAAUUAAGUAUCCAGAAAACUUUUUCAUUUUAAGAGGGAACCAUGAAUGUGCUUCCAUUAAUAGAAUUUACGGGUUUUAUGAUGAAUGUAAGAGACGUUAUAAUAUCAAACUUUGGAAAACUUUCACGGAUUGUUUCAAUUGUUUACCAAUUGCUGCAAUUAUUGAUGAGAAAAUCUUCUGUAUGCAUGGUGGUCUCUCACCAGAUUUGAAUAGUAUGGAACAGAUCAGAAGGGUGAUGAGGCCAACAGAUAUUCCCGACGUUGGCUUAUUAUGUGACUUAUUGUGGUCAGAUCCAGAUAAAGAUAUCGUAGGUUGGAGUGAAAAUGAUAGAGGUGUUUCUUUCACUUUUGGUCCUGAUGUAGUGAACAGAUUUUUACAGAAACAAGAUAUGGAGUUGAUUUGCAGGGCCCAUCAAGUUGUGGAAGAUGGUUAUGAAUUCUUUAGUAAAAGACAAUUGGUGACACUUUUCAGUGCUCCGAAUUAUUGUGGUGAAUUUGAUAACGCUGGUGCAAUGAUGAGUGUUGAUGAAAGUUUAUUAUGUUCUUUUCAAAUUUUAAAGCCAGCCCAAAAAAGUCUACCAAGGCAAGCUGGGGGUAGAAAGAAAAAAUAA